AACAGGCAGCAAGUGGGAUAGAAGCCCAGAGCUUUUCUAUCGCGAGCUUUUAAUCGUCCGCGCUUUUGAAUUUGGAGUGAAUAUUUUUUAAUUCUUUGCCCCACCGUGUCACUGCGAGACGCUCGUAGACACUUGCUGGAGAAUUUCGGAAAAUUUUAUUCUUGUGAUAACCGAUAAUCAAUUUGAAAAUGUUUAAACAGUCUUGUAUAAUCUUACGAAUUGAUAUCUUUGAAUGAAUUUAUAAAAAAAAUGGAAUAUAAAAUUCAAUUACGUGUGCUUGAAUGAUAUUAAACGUUAAUUUGUAAUUUGAACUCCAGUGAUAUUGGGUCACGCCCACUUACCUUAUCAUCAAAGUGACGGGAAUGACAUUUUAUAAUAGUGAUUAAACAUUCUCUCGUCAUCUCUUGACACAUUAAUAUUCCAAUUAAGGACAAUGCGUAAUUAGAAAUUGAAUUUCUCUCUUUUCGCAAAAUUAUCAAGUAACAAACGUUUUCGCGAUAACGCAAAUUAAACGGUGCGAAGGGAAAGAUAUAAUAAGAAAAUAUAUAAAGAACAUUAUAAAAAAGUUAAAAAAAUAUUAUAUCAAAAUUCGAAUUUUCGAAAAUAACCCAUACGAUACAUUCUAUCGUACAGUUUGUGCAGUUCAGUGUGAUACGGAGCUUCAUGGUGUGUCGUAAAUAAAAAAUUAAAGGACAUCUCAUUAAAUUUCUUACAGCCCUUUGGAAAAAUUUCGAUUCGUGUAAAAUAAUACACGUAGAGGUAUAUUUGUUAAAUCGUGCGGGUAGAUUUUUUAUUUUAUAAUUAAAAUUUAAUCGAGAUCGUCAAUUAAAAGAAAACCCUAAAAUUCUUUACGCGAGAUACAAACCAAAAUUCAAAUCGAUCCUGCAGUGUGGGGGGCCCUUUAUUUUUAUUAUUUUUACGGUGAAAGGUAAUUUUUGAUAUCGUGUCCGUAACGACGGUAAAGAUCCGAGUGGCCGUAGGGAUAAAAACAAGCUUUCAAGGUUUACCUCCUUCGUCCCAGAAAAAAAAGAAGAAAAAGAAAGAAUCUAGGAAAAACGUGGGAAUGUAGCAACGAAAGGGAAAAUCAGUGCUGGAAAAGUGUGAACGUUCACGUCGUGAACAUGUUCGCGGUGAAAAGUUGGUGAACGUUGGAUGCUCCAAUUUGAUUUAACGUAACUGGUGAAUUGUGCGACCUACUGGCGACGUAGUUGUGACGUCACGUCGUACCGAUAAGAGAUAACAGACGUCAGCAAAUUUACAUCGUUUACCACAAUACGUAGCAUUGACGCACGAGCGACGGUGGUAAACUCUUGAAAAUAGAAAUGAGUUGAGAAGCGGCUAUGACGAUGAGAAGUUUAUCGGCCGUGGUGGCCGCCAUUUUGCUUCAGCUCGCUCAAUUUCUAACAGCCACGAACAUACCCAUCGUCAAGCCAUUUCCCGGACUGGAGGACCUGCCCAAGUCGUUCUGGCACGAGCUCAGCUCACCUUUCACCGAGGUCUACGAGGAGGAGAGUCUUGCCACCGAAAUUGGUGCCACUCCUGAACCUAGACCCUUUUUUGAGGACGACGACAGCAACAUCACGGUCCAGCUCGGUGCUCAGGUACACAUGCACUGCAGGGUGCAGCAUCUUCAGAAGAGAACGGUAUCUUGGGUCCGUAGGCGGGGUGACGAACUACUUUUACUCACGUUCGGGAUAAAUACCUAUUCCAGCGAUUCACGAUUCUCACUCAACUAUGAGAAACCUAAUGAUUGGAGAUUAUUGCUCCGUUCGGCAACAGAACGUGAUGCUGGUGUUUACGAGUGUCAAGUCAGUGCUCAUCCACCAUUCAUCCGGACGGUCUACCUAUCCGUAUCCGUACCAAAAGUCGAGAUUGUGGAUGAACGCGGUGCUACGGCUGGUGAUAAAUUCUACAAAGCAGGUAGCACGAUAGAACUGAAGUGCGUCGUGAGUAAAGUUCCCCAUCCGACCGGUUACGUAACAUGGCGCCACGGAUCACGUAUGCUCAAUUACGACACGACUCGCGGUGGAAUUAGUGUAAAAACCGACAUGGGCGCGGAAGGUGCGGUCUCGAGAUUGUAUAUCGCGAACGCUAACAAAAAGGAUAGCGGAAACUACAGCUGCGCUCUGGCGGAUGUCGCUGCAACUACUGUCUCCGUUCACGUGCUGAAUGGUGAAAAUCCGGCAGCGAUGCAGCAUGGACGAAGUGCUGGUUUGAGGGCGGCUUUCGCCCUUACUGCUGCUCUGACCUUGACGUCUCUACUGAGAUGACCAUGAGGCCAUUUCGAGUCUUGCUUCUCCAGUCUAUGAUUUGAUUGGUGCUAAAAAAUCGUUUGCUCCCACACGUAUGAGUGGAACGUGCCAUAUAUGUAUGUUAUAAAUAUUAUAUAUUAUAAUAAUUGAGGAAUUACACAUCGGACUAUUAGGUUGGACGUUACGGCUUUAGGAUAUUGCGGAGGGAACUUUUUUGGCAUUUUUGGGUUUUUUCGGUUUUGUUGAUUUUUUGGUUUCUUUUUUUUUCUCGAGUAUUUCAGAUUAACGUUUUUUUUUUUUUUUUUUU